GUUUGAUCGGUUGAGCGUCCCUCCGAGCGUCGUCCCCUCACUCGCUAGCGGAUCCGACCGGCAGCGGGUCUCAGUUGCUCUGUGGCUGCCGUGUUAAAAUCAACCUUCCUACCAGAUAAUACAUAGAAAAGAAUUUCGCCGAACUAGGAAUACGAAACGCUGCAUCGACAAAAUGUCUUCCGAAUCAUUGCAAUAAAAAGAAUUACAAGGAGAGAAAACCUAAAUACAAUACCCCUGAAAUAAGUAUAUACAUAAAUUAACAACAACAACAACGACAACAACAACACGGCAGACGAUACACCAGCGGCUUUCACCAAGAUUGAAUAUGUGCAGAGGUCGGCUAAUACAACACAGUGUUAGAAGAUACUGACCAUUUUAACACUGACUUUGAGGGAGGGCGGCAUCGUGCACACCAUCACGCCGUUGCAACAUGCCAGGUGGCGGCGGACAGCGGUGUCGCCGGGAGGAGCCAGGGACAAUGAUCUUACUCGUGUUAUCGGCGCACGCUCUACUCCUCCUCCUCGGUGUAGCGAGCGGAGACCCCGUGCUCCUGACUCCCACUGAAAGCACUGAAGCAGCAACCAGUCAGGGCCUAGCUACUGAUUUCCCAUCGACUGCGACUGACGGCGCCUCGGAGGCAGCGAGAACGGGGGAAACUAUUCCUAUUACUAGUAGCGGUACCACUAGAAUUACUUCUACUAUUACUGCUUCUGAUACUAGCGCUGCUCCAUCUACUACUACUACUACUACUACGUCUACAUCUACUACGACUUCUACUACUAGUACGACAUCUACUACGACUACUACUGCUACUACUACAGCGUCCGAUUCACAGCCUAGGUUAUUUCCUCCUGGUCUGGAAAUCCUUGAUCAGAGGAAGGAAACGAAGUCGCCCUUCGUCUUGAGAGAUCCGACGUACCUCGUGGUGGCGCCCCGCCUCGUCCGCGCCGGCCAGGUGUACCGGCUCGUGGUCAACAUCCUGGAGCCUUCGCCUUCGCUCGUCGUCAGAGCCACCAUCUUCCGGGACAACAUCGAACUGGCGGCCGUCGAGCAUGAGUGUGAGAGCGACGCCCCGCAGGUCUUGGAGCUUAUGGUCCCCCCCGGCAGCUCCGGAGGCAAGUACAGACUCCGCCUCGAAGGGAACGAGCUGGGAGGACUCACGGGCUCGGCCUUCACCAACGAGACCGUCCUCUCGUUCAGCCCCAAGGGCGCGACGGUGCUCGUGCAGACGGACAAGCCGGUGUAUAAGCAGGGCGACAGCGUGAGGUUCCGCGUGGUGGCGCUCGACACGGCUGUCAAGAUGGUCGAAGACUCCGUGGACGUUUUCAUCCUGAACCCGCGCGGCGUCCUCGUCAGGAGGUGGCUGUCCCGCCAGUGCCGCGAGGGCCCCGUCACCCUGGAGUUCCCCCUGAGCAGCGAGCCGGAGUACGGAGCUUGGACCAUCCGUGUAGAGGCGACCAACUCCUUCACGCAACACUAUUUCACCGUCGAGGAAUUCUAUCGGCCGAGGUUCGAGGUCGAAGUCCGGGUCCCGUCCUUCUUAUCCGCGGACGCCAACUAUCUCGAGGGCGUGGUGGUGGCUAACUACAGCUCCGGGGCGCCCAUAUCCGGAAAUGUGACCGUGCGGGCGGCUGUGCGGCCGGUGGGACGUCAACCCUACGCCAAGUACGGACCUGAACCUGCUCUGACGCAACCACACACUAUGGACAUUGGGACUUUGGCCUCAGGGCUGUGGUUUGCCCCGGCCAACCAGACCGUGCAUUUUUUCGCAGGCGUCUUCCCCUUCAAGUUCCGCAUGUCUGACUUCGAGGACCUGGUGGCGCAGACGGAGGGGACGGAGGUGCGGGUGACGGCGACGGUGGGGGACGCCUACUGGGACGUGGCGCAGAGCGGCUUCUCCUCCACCAGGAUCUUCAGCGCGUCCAUCAACCUCGAGUUCUUGGGAGACUCGCCACAGGUCUUCCGGCCGGCGAUGCCCUUCAAGUUCUACCUCUCGGCAACACAACAAGACGGCUCCAAGAUUCCCGAGUGGCGCUUAGCUCGACAUAGACUCCUUGUGACGCCUGAAGUGACACUGAACACCGGCGUGAGAAGGAAGCUUAUAUCAAGGACAGUCAAGAUGAUUCACAUGCGCUACGCCCUCUGGCAGGCGGAGAUCGACCUACAUGCUGAGCUGGCGGACGUCGAGGUGGAACUCGAAGUCUCGUCCUUGAGGCUGGACGCGGAACUGAAGGAUUCCUCAGGAUCUCGUUCCUACGCGUCCUUGGUCAGCGUCGCCCAUCACUCGCCCAAGGGAAGGCAUCUCCAGGUGACAACGAGCACCAGGAAUCCCAAGGUUGGAGAAUACGUCAUUCUACACGUCAGGAGCAACUUUUACCUGGAGAAAUUCCGUUAUAUUCUCCUCAGCAAAGGCAUGGUGAUUGAGGCUGGCCAACAGAGUAUGGAGGCGUCCCUGAAGACCUUCCCCCUGCCCCUGACGCCGGAAUUGGCAGGGCUGGCGACGGUCGUGGUCUACGCAGCAGGCAGGGACGGUGACCUCGUGGCCGACGCCCUGACCUUCCCGGUGGACGCCCUCACGAGAAAGGGCCUCGACGUGUCCAUGGAGCAGCAGGCGGAGACGCAGGCGAUGAAGGUCACGGUAAAGGCAGUCCCUGGCAGCCGGGUGGCACUGGCAGGCUCUCACUGGGCUUCGUACAGCAUGCAGGCCGGGAACGACUUGACGCACGCUAUGAUCCUACGCCAGAUGGCCCAGGACGGCAGCGGGUCGAGGCAGGCCGCCCUCGAACAGCGGUGGGUCUCUGAAGAAGGAUUGCCUGAAAACGUCCUGCACCUGCCGAGGACUUCGCCAGGAGUGGAUCCCAACGACACCUUCUCAUACGCCGAUUUAGUGGUCUUAUCUGACGGCGUUGUGCCCACCUUCGCCACUUCGUGUGCGGGCGGACCUGGCCUACGCCCGUGUCUCUUAGGAGGCUGUUAUAACCAGGUGGCCGAGUGCGAUACGAAGUUCGAUUGUCCGGAUAGGAUCGAUGAGCGUGGUUGUCCUCUCCGCAAAUCAGCGACGGAAGACAAAGUCAAGUACCGACAGCAGCGUUCCAGCCGUCUUAGCCGACACUACUCCACGCCCUGGGUAUGGGAAGAGGUGAUCAUCGGCGAGUCGGGCAGUGCCACUCUCACGGUGCCCAUCCCUUCCGGCACCUCCCACUUGGCCCUCGCCGCCUUCAGCCUGCACCCGGAACACGGCAUGACGAUCCUGCCGGAGCCCGUGCAGUGGCGGGGAUCCCCUGGCUUCUGGCUCUCGGUGGAGGCUCCCGGGCGUGUGGGCGUGUGGGAGCAGGUGGGCGUGAGGGUGACGGCUGUCAAUCACCACCACUUCCCCAUCCACGCGAUCAUUGUGUUGGCGAAUAACCCGGCUUACAAGUUUGUGAAAGUCGAUGGCUUUGAUGCGGUGGAUCCCUCCAGCGGCCACGUCCAGCGGAGAAUGGUGGCGGGAGAGCACGAGCACGCCGUAGAAGUGGCUGCAGGAGAGACCCACACCUUGUACCUGCCCAUCGUCCCUGUGCAGCUCGGGGAGAUCACCGUCAUCGUCCAGGCGUCUCUGCCGGGGACCAAGUUGCAGAAGGAGAUCACGCUCUUCGUCGAGCCCUUAGGUGCUGCCCAGGAAUUCCACACAUCCCUCCUGCUGGACCUGAGUAACCGCGCCUAUAUCUUCACCUUCCUGGAUGUCAACAUGUCCGAUAGUCUCGUGCCGGGGUCUGAUCACGCCCACGUCGCUGUCUUCGGGGAUACUGUGGGUGCUGUUGUUCCCGACACGCCCGCGACAGCUCAGACUCUGCUUGGGCUUCCCACGGUCGGCUGCGAGCCCGUGGUGUUUAGCUUCCUGAUGACGGUGCUUCAGAUGCGUCACUGGAGCGAGCUGAAGCAAGAGCCGCCCAUUAACCAGAGGGAGGUGUUCCGGCGCCUGGCUCUGUUGUACCAGACUCUCCUCGCGUACCAGACGAGGGACGGAGGAUUCAAGUAUUAUAGAACGAGCCAGACCUCUUCCGUGUGGGUGACGUCACUGGUCAUCCGGGCUCUGAAUGAGGUGUCGGUCAACUGGUCCCAUUUGCUCUACGUGGAUCCUCAGGUCACCGACAAGGCGCUAAGAUACGUCCUCGGACAACAAGCACGACACGGCGCCUGGUGGGAACCGAGUGGAGAAGUGGGCGACAGAAAGCUCGUGCCAUCCCAGUACUCCCUCACAAGCGAAACCACCCACGCCCUCAACCUCUCCACCACCGCCCACACAAUGCUCAAUCUCGUAGCGUUGAAGGAGCUUCCCUCGCCGCUGGACGAACGGGUGAUGGAAGCAGUAGCCCGUGGCGAAGGCUGGCUGGAGGAGAACCUCGAUCUCGUGGGUCGAGUGUCACGUCCUCUCGAAGUCUCCCUCGUGUCCCUGGCGCUCCACCUGACCCACUCUGCCCACGCCGACACCGCCUUCGGGAUCCUCACUCGUAAUGCCCGACAGGAAGUGAAAUACGUCUAUUGGGGAGAAGACUUAGUUCCCCUGCCAUCAUACCGCGUCGAGUCGCAGCGCCCGCACCUGCAGCCUCGCCGCCCACAUCGCCAUGACGCAGGCAACGUGGCCGCCACAGCCUACGCCCUCAGGCUGUACUCUGAUCGCGGGGAAGUCAUGACGCCCAGCAUCGUCAGGUGGCUUCAGUCUCAGCGCGGACAUGACGGCGGCUGGAUGUCGACGCAGGAUUCUCUCGCGGCUUGGGAGGCCCUCUAUGAAUAUUCAGAGCGUGAGAGCAGAUACCACGAUACCCAGCUGACGGUGUCGGUGGAGCCUCUGCACGACCACACCGGAGGCCAGGACCUUCUUCAUCACGCCGGACAAUCUGCUGCACCUCCAGACGCAUCAGGUGGGCGGCUGGUGGCGCAGCGUGCGGGUGCAGGGCAAGGGGCGCGGGGCGGCCGUCCUGCAGCUCACCUCCAAGUACCACGUGUCCGACGCCAGCGCCCUCUUGGCGGCCCCGACGGCGGCCUUCCACCUGCGCACGCGGGCCACCUGGCACGGCCACAACGGGUCGGCGCUCACCUUCACCACCUGCACGCGCUGGCUGUUCCAGGAGGCUAGCGACGCCUCCGGAGUGGCCGUGCUGGAGGUCACCGUGCCCACCGGCUACGGCGCCUCCGCCUCCGCCCUGCAGGCCUACGUGAUCUCCAGGGCCGUCCCCAACCUGCGCCGCGCCGACUUCCAACAGAGGAAGG